GCUAGAGACUUGAGAGAGAAUCUAAUACUGUGCUGUGCAGUGAGUGGCUGGUGCCAGCUAUUAAGUUGAAGGAUCAAGGCUUUCCUUUCCUUUACUUGUUUCUCUAUGAGAUAAUGAGAGUGUAUGUAUGAGGUCAAAGCUGGCAUUUCUCUUUCUCUUAUUUUUUAUUUUUUAGUUUUAUUUUAAGAGCCUUGUUCUUCUCUCCACCUCCUUCCCAUAUUUACUCCUCAAAAUUUCCUGCAGAUUCUAAAUCCUCCUCCAUUCUAUUUCUGUAUCCUUCUCUUUAUCUUUUUAUUUUUCUUCUUCUUCUUACAUAUAUAACUAGAUAUUUCUCCUCUCCCUUGUCUAAUUAGAGCAGGAGAAGAGAAAAGAAUUGUGUAUUAUUGUUUGAAGGGGAUACACAGAGAGAGAGAGGGGGAGGGUUGAUGGUGAAUGGUGAAUGGUGAAUGGUGAAUGGUGAAGUCCCUUACAAGAUAUUAACAAGAGGAACAAGAAGAAGAAGAAGAAGAAUGACUGCUACUUCUCCUUGUCUGUCUUCCAAUGAGAAGAAGCACUGGUGGCUUAGCAGUAGAAAGAUUGUGGAAAAGUAUAUGAGAGAUGCCAGAAGCCUGAUUGCGACUCAUGAACAGAGCGAGAUCGCUUCGGCUGUGGGGCUCCUGGACGCGGCUCUGGCCAUCUCGCCUCGCCUGGAACAAGCCCUUGAACUCAAAGCCAGGUCUCUGCUCUAUCUCAGGCGCUUCAAGGACGUGGCUGAUAUGCUUCAGGAUUACAUUCCCAGCCUCAAAAUGGCAUCCGAUGACUCUGCCUCCGACUCUUCCUCUCAGCCGCUUUCCAGGGAGCGAGUCAAGCUUCUCUCAUCUAACACCAACUCCUCCUCUGCCUCGCCGGAUCGGGAUCCUUCCUUCAAGUGUUUCUCUGUCUCCGACUUGAAAAAGAAGGUCAUGGCAGGCCUAUGUAAAAAUUGCGAAAAGGAAGGGCAAUGGAGGUACUUGGUUCUCGGCCAGGCGUGUUGCCACCUGGGCCUAAUGGAGGAUGCCAUGGCUCUCCUCCAGACCGGAAAACGACUUGCCACCGCCGCAUUCCGCCGCGAAAGCAUAUGCUGGUCCGACGACAGCUUCUCCCUGUCCAAUUUCCAACUCUCAGACGACAUCAUCUCGUCCGCCAACGCGCCCGCCACUCCGCCUCGGAUCCUAACCGAGUCGGAAACCGUGACCCACCUCCUCAGCCACAUAAAGCUCCUCCUUCGCCGCCGUACCGCCGCAAUUGCUGCCCUAGACGCCGGCCUUUACUCCGAGGCCAUCCGCCACUUCACUAAAAUCGUCGACGGCCGCCGUGGGGCCCCACAGGGAUUCCUGGCGGAGUGCUACAUGCAGCGCGCCUCGGCUUACCGGUCGGCGGGUCGGAUCGCGGAGGCCAUCGCGGACUGUAACCGGACUUUGGCUCUUGAGCCGAGUUGCAUACAAGCGCUGGACACGAGAGCGUCACUUCUUGAGACGAUCAGGUGUUUGCCUGAUUGCUUACAUGACCUGGAGCACUUGAAGCUUUUGUACAAUGCCAUCUUGAGGGAUCGGAAGCUUGCGGGACCGGCCUGGAAGCGACACAACGUGAGGUACAGGGAGAUUCCCGGGAAGCUGUGCGUGCUGACGACGAAGAUACAGCAACUGAAACAGAGGGUGGCUUCUGGGGAAACAGGGAAUGUGGAUUACUAUGCUUUGAUUGGGCUGCGGCGUGGCUGUUCGAGGUCCGAGUUAGAGAGGGCGCAUUUGCUGCUGUGUUUAAGGCACAAGCCCGAUAAGGCUACCAUUUUCAUUGACCGUUGUGAGCUGGCGGAUGAUCGGGAUGUUGAUUCAAUUAGAGAUAAAGCGAAGAUGUCAGCUCUGUUGCUUUACAGAUUGCUGCAGAAGGGUUAUUCGAGCGUGAUGACAACCAUAAUGGAAGAGGAGGCUGCUGAGAAACAGAGAAAGAAGGCUGCUGCUGCACUUGGAGCAGCUCAGGCAGCAGCGGCAAUGCAACUGCAAGUAACUCAAACCCAAGAGUCUUUUAUUGAAUCCUCCUCUUCCUCCUCUAGUUGUUCCAAUUCUAGUAAUAGGAAUAAUAAUCAUAGUAUCAACAAUAAUAUCAUCAAUAAUCAUAGUAUGCAUUCGUCGUCAUCGGAAGCUAAAGCAGCAGCGGCGUCGUUCCAAGGGGUGUUUUGCCGAGACAUUGCGGUGGUUGGGAAUUUGCUGUCGCAGGUUGGGUUUAACCGCCCAAUUACAGUUAAGUAUGAGGCAUUGAGCUGCUGAUAGACGACGAUAGUCACUCAUCCAUGCAAGACUUUUGGACUUCAAAAAUUCCAACUUUACCGGUGGACUGGAGAAUCUUGCUUCAUUUGGUUUUCUCUGUAGUGUGUACAAAAAAAGAUAAUAUCAAGACUUGCCGGGAAUUUUGUCACCCUUUUCCA